UGUUGACCUUGACUGUAUGCAACGUUAGUCUCUGAGGUAAUCGUCCCAAGUUUGGUGCGCGGGGUUCGUAAAGGGAGUUAGCGACCUUUUCCGUAGCAACACUCCUCACGCCAUGUAGAUGAGACUUGCGGGGAAACUAGAAAACAAGGGAAAACAGGGCGCAAGAUUAGAGCUGGUCAAGAAGAGAAAAGCGCUCGGAAAAACAGGAGAUUAUGCGAAAUUAUCGAGGGAAAGAGGAUUCAAGAUGCGCAACCAGCUGUCGUCGAGGGAAGCGGAAUGGGGAAAGGGUUGGAGCUCAGAGUGAGACCAACAAGCGGCGGAGUGCGCUGUCUGGAAUCACAACCAUUCCUAAUCCCUUUCAACAAGGCGUAUUUGUAGAGGACCACCAGAGCCCAGGAAGAGACGAGAGGGAUUUGGAUAGCAAAAGAAAAAGAAAGGAAGUCGAGUCCCGGUCUCUGGGACCUAAGUGGAAGGGAAUAGGAGCGAGGAGAGGGGAUCGCGUGUUUGGAGGAGGGUGGGUGUUGUUACUGCUGGGCACUUUGUCGCUCUCCUCCCCUCUCUUUCUUCUUCCCCCCCUAUGCCCUCCUCCCAUAUUAUUGCUGGGCACUCUCUGCCCACUAGAAAAGGUCACGUGAGGUGAGUCACCGCCUCAUUCACCGCCUGCGAUGGACGGGUGGGAAUCCCCUAUCCCGCGUUGUGUAUCCAUUACUCUACCCGGCAACUGAACCCGAAAAAUAAC